AUGGCAAAGAACAGAGUAGCGCCACUAAAGACAUUAACCCUACCCCAACUUGAACUGAUGGCAGCAUUGAUUGGAGCAAGACUUUCAUCCCACCUACAAAAGUCCAUACCCCCACAGAAAGUGACAUUUUGGUCAGACAGCCAGAUUGUACUCCACUGGCUAACUACAUCCAAAUCAUUGAAACGCUUUGUCCAAAACCGAGUAGACGAAAUCCACCAGCUAACAGAUCAAUCACCAUGGAGGUAUUGCCCCACCCAUGAAAACCCAGCAGAUUUACUGACACGUGGUGUAUCAGCAGAUACCUACCUUGACAACCAGUUAUGGAACGCCGGUCCGACAUGGUUACCUCACUCAGAAGAAUGGCCUACUUGGAAAUACGACCAGUCAAUCCUGCAGAAGACAUCCGAAAGUGAAGACACGAGUUCUCAGCAGGCGACAAAUGUGGUAACGUUAAAUUGCACGGAGAUCACGGGCGUUCAUAGAGCCAUCAACAUAGAGAAGUACAGUACUUACCUGAAAUUACUUCGCGUCACCGCUUAUGUACACAGAUUCAUCCGCAACUGCAGAAGACCAAGAGAUGAAAGACUAACCAACAGCUUGUCAGCAACAGAACUAAAAGAGGCAGAAGUUAAAUGGCUGAGAUCGUGUCAAACAACCAACUUUCAAGAUGAAGUAGAAAAUCUUCAAUCAAACAGUACCCGUUUACCGCUUGUUAAGCAACUUAGAUUGUACCUGGACCAGCAAGGAUUACUUCGUUGUGGUGGUAGAAUUCAUAACGCCCCCUUGGAGUAUGAUGUCAAAUUUCCCUACCUCUUACCAAAGAAACAUGUCCUGACCAAAUUGAUUGUGUUCGAUGACCACAAGAACCAACUUCAUUCCGGAGUUAACAGCACCAUUACACAGAUCAGACAGAAGUACUGGAUACCAUCCAUCCGCCAGUGUGUAAGAUCGUUACUAAUGACAUGUAUACAGUGUACCAGAGUAACCGGAAGACCCUAUGCAGCACCAGACCCACCUCCCCUCCCCAAAGUCAGAGUAAGCGAAGCCCCACCCUUCAGCGUCACAGGUGUAGAUUUCACUGGCGCAUUAUUUGUAAAGAACGCUACCGGAAGUGAAACGAAAUGCUACAUCUGCCUUUUUACAUGCGCAUCAACAAGAGCCGUCCAUUUGGAAGUUGUACAAGACCUAUCAACCGACUCGUUCCUUCAAGCGUUCCGUAGAUUUGCCAGCCGGAAGUCGUUGCCCAUGGUGAUGAUAUCAGACAAUGCUACGACUUAUAUUGCUGCUGCUAAUCACCUUAAGAAGCUAUUCAACUCCCAAGUCGUACAAGAGGAGCUCAGCAGAAAGGGAACAGAGUGGCGAUUUAUUCCCAAACGUGCACCAUGGUACGGUGUUUUUUAG